UUAUUUGUUAAUAUUUACCCAUGACAGGUUGCUGAAGAUACGCAGGUGUUUCUACUAUCCAUACUGUGGUGCUACAUAGCUCAGCUCUAAACUCAACUGUGGUCAGUAACAGAAAACAUGCUUCCUGUGUUUAGGCUGCCUGCGUGAAAGCCCCUCCCCUCUGAUGAUGCAUUCGCCUCAAAUGCCUCAGUUUCAUCCUAUGGGACAGCAGUCACCUUUACAGACCAAAAAACAUGAACAGAGAUCCAACCUGGUUGGAGUUAAAGAGGAGAAGCUUCCACAGUCUCCUGGUCUACCUUCUUCACCUUUCAAUCCUGCAAUUUGUCAAGACGCAAACAAACCUGACAACACACACAGUGUAGAGAUAAAGCCACUUGAUGGUUCUCGCCCCGUCCCCCGCCUCCAAAACUCCUCAUCACCGGCUGCCUCCCAGCAGGACUUUAAAGUCAAGCAAGAACCCAAGACCCCGAUUACAUCCAAGAAAACUCAGGAUGUGAAAUUAAAAAACAUGGGUUCCUGGGCCAGCCUGGCUCAGAGGUCCCAGUCUGCCCCGACCUCAUCACUGCGCUCAUCUAGUGACAGUUUCGAAAGGUACAGACGGGCGGCCAUAGAGAAAGAGGAGAGGGAGAGACAGCUGAAAGUGCAGGCGGAGCAGGCAAAGAGAGUGCAAGAAAUGCUACGCCGUGACGACGAUGACACAAUGGAGCAGGGUCGUCGAGGGCGACAGUCACCCCUUGCUCCAACCCCUCCAGCCCAGUCCUCUCCGCCCAGUCACUCCCCUCAAGCUCCUCCUGCCCCUGCCAAACAGGCCGCGCCUCCGCCCCCCUCGGCUGCACACAGCACUCUGGACCAGCAGAGGGACAGGGAGCGCCUUCGCGAGCGGGACAGGCGCUGGAGAGAGGCGAUGACGGAUAAUAUUGACAUUAAUUUCCAGAGUGAGCUGAUGGCCAUUUUUGAGGAGAGUCUUUUCUGAAAGCUAAAGGAUGAUGGAAUGAGAGAAGGACUUAAAGUUACAACAUUUGCAUAUUUACAAAAAAAAACAAAAACAGAAAAAAAAAACAUGCAACAAAGCUCUGAGA